UCUGCUUUGUAAGUGUCUCUAGUCUAUUGUUCUUUAUGCUCCGUUUUGUCUCCAGAGAAUCAUUUUGGUUCUGCUGGCUUAUUGUCUCCAGAAGAAGCAUGUUUCUUGCUGGCUUUAGGUUAUGAGGGUCCUUGUGACUUGCCAGCCUAAUGUUUCAAUCUAUGUAACUCCUUGUUUAUUAUUAAUGAAUCAAUCUUUUAGUGUUAAAAAAGAGUGUUGGAGUCCACAUUGGAUUCUUCUAAUAGUCAAACUUCCAUGUUCCGACCACAAGUUAGGGUUUAUAAUAAUGCAACAUGCAUGAACUAGCAAAUAGUUUUUCUUACGUGUAAAUAACUAAUAACUGAGUAAUUAAGCUCAAAUAUUUAUCAGUUUACUUUAUAGUUUACAAUUGAUUAGCUUAUAAAGUAAAAGCUAGUGGAAUGAUUGUCCACUAAAUCUCGAUAUCAUCAUUGACUUUUGUGAACUGCAAAUUAGUAUUUAGUAAUCAUUUUAGAACAUUAUAAGACAUACAUAUCUAAACAAAAAGAUUCUUUAAUCAACUAUUCUAAUCCAAAAAAUCUACUCGGUUUUAGAGAUGGUAUGUGAAUGUGUAGGAGCAGUAUGAGUAUGUGCAGGAGUGUAUGCACGAGUAAACACGUACGUGCACGUGGAGAAUGCAAAGGAGUGUAGACAAAGAACAAAAGGAUGAUCCAAGUUUCAAAAUGAUUCCAAAGUUAUGACUUGGCUAUAAGCCAAAAAAUCCCAAUCGCCGAACAUGAACUCAACUGCACUCUACGCUCGUUAUAUCAUUUUCCCACAGUAAAGCCGCUUUACAACUUUACCAUUUAUAUACACAUAGGUGCAAGGCCGGUUCUCAAAUAUAAGGAGCUAUAAAUAUAGUAUAAAUUUUAAUGAUAUUUUUAUAAUUUGAGAAUAAUAAAAUAUGUUGUUUGCUAGUUAAAUGUGUUUCUUCUAAUGAUCCAAACAUCCUAUCUUAUUGUUACGAAAAUAUAUAACUUGAUAAAUUUUGUUGACAAUAACAUUUAAGGCAGAAAGCUAGAAGACUAAUUAUAUCGGUUUAAAAAGAUGGUCUUCCAAAAAGUGUAUUUUGAUGUGUAUUUUGAUUCAAAUCAAAAUUAUAAUAUUGGAAAUUACUAAUAAUAUUGCCAAAAAACUAUCUAAAUCUCAAUGAAUUAUCAAAUCCAAAAGUGAAUUAUCUAACAAAAAAAGCUAAUUACACUUCAUGAAAAUACAUCACAUUUCCCACUUAUUAUAAGAUACAAAUGUGAACAUCAACUGUCAUCAAAUAAAACCAAAAAAGUCAUCAAGAUUUAACCUUCCUUUUCAAAAGCAGUACACGUCUCUUUCUCUCUUGGAGACACAGAGACAGAGUAUUCAAUGCUUUGUUGCCUUCCCACUUUUCACCAGCUAAGUUCUGUUCUUCCUCUUCCCAUUCUCUCGAAAACAAGAAAUAUUCUUGCACAACUUUGAUUCACGAGAGUUGAGGCAAAAGUUUCCAAUUCCGUGAUACAAACAAAAAGUUUUCUUCCCUUGAUCCUGAUAAAGUUAGGUCCAUCUCUAAAAAGUUUCCACAUUCUCUUCGUCUACCUCCAAACCCAUAAGAAAACAGAGUACUCUGCUCCAUAAAUCACGUAACUUUCUUUGAAAGUUCAUUCCUUUACUUCUUUUUCCAAGUCAAGAAAGAAAAGAUUUUUAGAGAGAGAGAGAGAGAAGAAAACCAUAGAGAGAGAGUAAAGUGAGCAAAGAGCAGUAAUGGAUGCCUUACAUGCCACGUUACUUGUUCUUCUCUCAAUCUUUCUCUCAACUUCACCUCCUGUUCAAGGAAACGCUGAGCUGAGAGCUCUAAUGGAGCUCAAAUCGUCCCUUGACCCCGAGAACAACCUUCUCAAGUCAUGGACGUUCAACGGCGACCCAUGCGACGGAUCUUUCGAAGGAAUCGCUUGCAACCAGCAUCUGAAAGUCGCCAACAUAUCGUUACAAGGGAAACGCUUAACCGGGAAGCUAUCUCCGGCCGUUGCAGAGCUCAAAUGCUUGUCUGGUCUUUACUUACACUACAAUAGUCUCUCCGGAGAGAUACCUCAAGAGAUCACAAAUCUCACUGAGUUGUCAGAUCUUUAUCUCAAUGUUAAUAACUUCUCCGGCGAGAUUCCGGCAGGAAUCGGCUCCAUGGUAGGCUUGCAAGUUAUGGAUCUAUGCUGCAACAGCUUAGCAGGGAAGAUACCAAAGAGCAUUGGUUCCUUGAAGAAGCUAAGUGUUCUGUCUCUGCAACACAACAAACUAACCGGAGAGGUUCCUUGGAGUUUAGGCAACUUGAGUACGUUGAGUAGGAUUGAUCUGAGCUUCAACGAUCUUUCAGGAACAAUCCCAAAAACCCUAGCCAACAUUCCUCAGCUUGAAACACUUGACUUGCGCAACAAUACUCUCUCUGGCUUUGUUCCUCCUGGUCUCGAGAAGUUGAAUGAGAGAUUCCAGUUUGAGAACAACGCUGGGUUAUGUGGGAUCGAUUUUCCUUCUUUGAGAGCUUGUUCUGCUUUUGAUGAUUCAACCAUCGAAGUCAAGCAGCCUCAGGGUGAAAAGGACACUGAUAAAUCAACUCUUCAUAACAUCUCCGACUCUGUCUAUCUCAAAAGUCAUUGCAACCAAACACAUUGUCAUAAACCCUCAUCAAAACUCCCACAAGUUGCUUUGAUCUCAAGUGUCAUCACCGUCACUAUAACUCUGUUUGGUGCUGGUUUAUUAACCUUGUUACGCUACAGAAGAAGGAAACAGAAGAUUAGUAACACAGCAGAGAUUUCAGAGGGAAGACUCAGCACAGAUCAGCAAAAAGACUUUCGAGCAUCGCCUCUUAUGAGUCUUGCCUACACCAAAGAAUGGGACCCCCUUGGAGACAGCAGAAACGGAGCUGAGUUCUCACAAGAGCCUCAUCAUCUCUUUGUUGUUAACAGCAGUUUCAGGUUUAACCUAGAAGAGGUUGAAUCAGCAACACAAUGCUUUUCAGAAGCUAACCUAUUGAGCAGGAACAGCUUUACCUCGGUGUUCAAAGGAGUCCUCAGAGAUGGUUCUCUGGUAGCUAUCAGGAGCAUCAACAUAAGCAGUUGCAAGAACGAGGAAGUCGAGUUCAUGAACGGUCUGAAGCUUUUGUCCUCCAUGUCACACGAAAACUUAGUGAAGCUGCGUGGCUUCUGCUGUUCUAGAGGCAGAGGAGAGUGUUUCCUCAUAUAUGAUUUUGCUUCAAAAGGAAAGCUCUCUAGGUUUCUUGACUUGCAAGAAAGCGAAACCGGUCGAGUUCUUGCUUGGCCCGCAAGAGUCUUUAUCAUCAAAGGGAUUGCAAAAGGUAUUGCUUACUUACAUGGAAGUGAUCAAGAGAAGAAGCAUGCCAUUGUUCAUCGAAACAUAUCGGUCGAGAAGAUCCUACUAGAUGAGCAGUUCAACCCGUUGAUCGCUGACUCAGGUCUUCACAACCUUUUAGCAGACGAUUUGGUCUUCUCAGCACUCAAAACAAGUGCAGCAAUGGGAUACUUAGCUCCAGAGUACGUUACAACCGGAAGAUUCACGGAGAAAACCGACGUGUUCGCCUUUGGAGUCAUCAUUCUCCAAAUACUCUCUGGUAAGCUCAUGCUUACAAGCUCACUGAGGAUUGCAGCUGAAAAUGGAGAGCAUUGUGGAUUCAUUGAUGAACAUCUCGGUGAAGGGUUUGAUAUAACAGAGGCGGUUGCAUUGGCGAGGAUGGGGAUAAGCUGUACUCAGGAGAUUCCAAACAAUAGGCCUAAUAUAGAGUCACUGCUUCGGGAGAUAAACUGUAUGAAGAGUGAAUGAGUGUUAUUUUAGUUAGCAGAAAAUGUUUCAACGUUUGUGCUGAGUAUGAUUCUCCGGUUAAGCUGUAUCACAAGUUCACAACAGUUGGUUUUAAUUUUUACUCUCCCAAGAAAGAACCGGGUCGGUUUACAUAAUUAUAGUAAUUUAUAGAAGAUUUGAUUUGAUAUCAA